CUUCACUACUUUCUAGCGGCUGGCAAUCGACGUAGACCAAGGUCCAAGGCUGCAAGGGCACGCUCGAGGAACUGCCUUCUCUUUCAAGUCUUUGACUUAUCUCCCUCUCUCGCUCUGAGUGAAUCACGCCCCCCUCCCUCCUUUGGCAACUGCAACCUCAGUCUCAGCAGCAGUCAUGACCAUCUCAAACUCGAGAUGUAUCCAGACAAUAGCAUUGCUACCUUUGCUAAUGCUGUUGACUGAUUCUAUUGGUGCACGCGGUAUGUGUUUCGACGAAUUCGUUAUCAGCGGGGAUAAUCUUUAUCCAAGCAACCAGCCCGACGGAAAGAGAAUUGUGCUAGUCCCGGGAAAGACAGAAACGUGGAAGCAAUGUCAGAGUGCUUGUGUCAACGGCACCACGGCAUGCCAUUCGUGGACACUCUUCUUCGAGAAUGCCACCCAGGGUCUAGCGAACAACUGCUACUUGCGCACGGAUGACUACUGGAAUCCGCAGUUCGUUCAUGAUCAGAAGCUGCUGACCGUGGCAAGUGGCGUGAAUUGUAAAUCUCCACCAGCUACUGCUCUGCCUAAUGCACCGCCACCCAAUGUUCAGUUCAGCUGGGACCACGUUCCUGUGUUCAUUCAUACAUCGAACACAACUGGGCCAUUCAACGAACAGGCAUUACAGAUCAUGGCCAAAUUUCCUAUUGUCACAAUUGAGAAGUAUCAAGGUCCCAACAGUGGAUAUCAUUAUCCUGCUGAGAAAUGGGUGUGCUGUGAGGAAGAUCGCAUUGUGGAUACGUUGAAAUCUGUGAAAAAGAUCAAUCCAAACAUCACAGGAAUCUUCUACUACAACAUGGUUCUGGACUUUCCACAGUAUCGAUUGCACGAGAACUUUGCCAAGAACGAGAGCUGGUGGCUUCAUGAUCAAUUUGGCAAUGUCGUCAAAGUUGGGGGCGAUGGGCACAACACUCAAGACCUGCUAGUGUAUGAUACGACGCAGGAAGCCGUCUCGGAACUCUUCAUGCACGCCUGCCUCGACCUUGUCCCCAGCGGAGCGGUGGAUGGGUGUUUCAUCGACCGACCCGUUGACGGACUGCCUCACCAGAACAUGACUACUGACAUGAGCGUGAAUCUGAUGGCGUCACACGUCACCACGCUUCAGGCGUUCCAGGAGCAGCUGAAACGCGGCCCGCUCAUUGCCAACCAUGCAUACGGCAUGCCGGGCGUCAACGCUGCAAUGAUCGAGGGCUUCAAACCUACAGAGGAGAACAUCAUGCUCCUUCAAUGGACUGCCGACCGUGGUAAGCUUGUAGAAGCACACAUGGCUGGUGGUGAUUGCACAACAGACGAGGGCAUACAAGAUCAUCUUGCCGCCUUUCUUAUCGGAGCUGGAAACUACUCCUACUUCGGCUGUGGGCCAUGGUUCACUAGUACGAGUAUAGACUCCCAGUGGAAAGCCUCCUAUGACAAGCCACUUGGUGCCCCUCUCGGCCGACCUUCGAAGACGAAAAGUGUCUACACACGAAAAUUUGCCAGUGGCACCACUGUCCAUUUUGACUGCUCCACCAACAAGGGUACGAUUGACUGGGCAAAAUCCCCAGAGAUGAAGCAAUAUGCUGAUGAUCUUAUCUACUAGUACUAUAAAAUUAAUGCUCCUGAUAAAUUUACCCCAAGCUUUUCUGCUAUGAAAUUGUCUCGCGGCUAUAAUCAAUUUGAGUGCGUGCACUGCUGCUCCAGUCUUGUUCAUUCUCGUUACAUUUUUAAAUUGGUGUUUUGGGCAGUUCUUUGACAAGAACAGGUGACCCUGGCUUGCCAGAUAACCUUGGUUUUUUCAAUGUGUGGAAUCUGGCAACAGUACUGAUACAAACCUCUGACCUGGCUCAGAAAUGAA